CUGUUUUCAAUUAGCCCCUGAUGGGUGGAGUAAUGCAAUCAGGAUUAACUACAGCUGACCCGUAGCCUCCUCUCUCAGUCUGCCCCAGACUCCGCACAGGCACACACUCCUCAGAUAGGAAGGUGAGUCAAAAUGACCGAGCGCUACGACUGCCACUACUGCAAGGAGUCCCUGUUUGGGAAGAAGUAUGUUCUCAGAGAGGAGAAUCCCUACUGUGUGAAAUGUUACGAAAGCCUGUACUCCAACACCUGCGAGGAGUGCAAGAAGCCAAUCGGCUGCAACACCAGGGAUCUGUCCUACAAGGACCGUCACUGGCACGAGGACUGCUUCAUGUGCUUCCAGUGCAAGCGCUCGCUGGUGGACAAGCCCUUCUCCACCAAGGAUGAGCAGCUCCUCUGCACUGAGUGCUACUCCAAUGAGUAUUCCUCCAAGUGCCAUGAGUGCAAGAAAACCAUCAUGCCAGGCUCCAGGAAGAUGGAGCACAAGGGGAACAGCUGGCACGAGACCUGCUUCACCUGCCAGAGAUGCCAGCAGCCCAUUGGCACAAAGAGCUUCAUCCCUAAGGACAACCACAACUUCUGCGUGCCCUGCUAUGAGAAGCAGUUUGCCAUGCAGUGUGUGCACUGCAAGAAGCCUAUCACCACUGGUGGGGUGACCUACCAUGACCAGCCCUGGCACAAGGACUGCUUCCUGUGCACUAGCUGCAAGCAGCAGCUGUCUGGCCAGAGGUUCACCUCUAGAGAUGACUUCGCCUAUUGUCUCAACUGCUUCUGCAACCUUUAUGCCAAGAAGUGCGCCUCCUGCACCACCCCCAUUAGCGGCCUCGGAGGCAGCAAGUACAUUUCCUUCGAGGAGCGCCAGUGGCACAAUGACUGCUUCAACUGCAAGAAGUGCUCCGUGUCCCUGGUCGGUCGUGGCUUCUUGACCGAACGCGACGAUAUCCUGUGCCCAGAGUGCGGCAAGGACAUCUAAAUGGAGUCUGAGAGCCGACUGAUACCUGUGAUAAUGAUAUGAUAGAGUAACGACAGAGAUACAACAAAUACUGUCAGAACACAGCAUCUUUACUACCUAGCAUUACUAUGAAUGUACAUUGUUUUAUGCCAUGAAGUACAAACUAACAGCGUUAUUUGAAUUUAUUUAAGUGGAAUGUUAAAAAGUCAUUACUAAUACAUAACUGUUGGCAUGAUUGUAAAGAUAUUUGCUUAUGAAACAGCGACAUGUUUGCAGAUAGACACUGUACGAAUAAGUCUACAAUAUUAAUGUAGACUAUCCACUUUGAGGUGUGAUAAUAAUAAUUACCGCUUUGUGCAUGGACUGGCUUGGUGCUGUAAUGUAGUAGUGGUUUUGUGAACGAGUUCUGCCAUUACAAAUUAAAUAUAUUAAAACUGUGUCUCUGAUAACUGCUGAUUGUAUCUGUGCAUGAAAUCACAUGAAAAAUAAAAAAAAGGGGGUCAAAAUGUUUCUAUUGGCAACUUCUGAGCAAGAAAAACACAAAUUUUAUUCUGACGUUACCGCUGACUGAAGGGUCAAAGAUCUUAAGAAGAAUUUAGAUUUCCUUCAUUAUUUUUUUUAUCAUAAUAUUAAGAGUAAGAGUAAAUUAAGUAUAUAUGUGAAAAUCCUGGUAUAUCAAACAUGGGUCACAAAGCUGCUGAAUUUCCGACUGUAAUAAAAUCAAAACAUUCAGGAUUCGUUGUAUUGAGACAAUUUAUUUUUAAAAAACUGUUGGUACAAACAUGACAAUGGAUUUGACAAAACGCUUUGUGAAUCUUGCUCCUGUGUGUUUUUGAUGAACUCUGUCUCCGUUAAUUUA